GUAGUGGUGGUGGUAGUAGUAGUGGUGGUGGUAGUAGUGGUGGUGGUGAUAGUAGUAGUGGUGGUGGUGAUAGUAGUAGUAGUGGUGGUGAUAGUAGUGGUGGUGGUGAUAGUAGUGGUGGUGGUGAUAGUAGUAGUAGUGGUAGUAGUAGUAGUGGUGGUGGUGGUGAUAGUAGUAGUAGUGGUGGUGGUGGUGAUAGUAGUAGUGGUGGUGAUAGUAGUAGUAGUGGUGGUGGUGGUGAUAGUAGUAGUAGUGGUGGUGAUAGUAGUAGUAGUGGUGGUGGUGGUGAUAGUAGUAGUGGUGGUGAUAGUAGUAGUAGUGGUGGUGGUGGUGGUAGUAGUAGUAGUGGUGGUGAUAGUAGUGGUGGUGGUGGUGGUGAUAGUAGUAGUGGUGGUGAUAGUAGUAGUAGUAGUAGUGGUGGUGAUAGUAGUAGUAGUAGUAGUGGUGGUGAUAGUAGUGGUGGUGAUAGUAGUAGUAGUAGUAGUAGUAGUAGUAGUGGUGGUGAUAGUAGUAGUAGUAGUAGUGGUGGUGAUAGUAGUAGUAGUUGUUGUGGUGGUGAUAGUAGUAGUAGUGGUGGUGAUAGUAGUAGUGGUGGUGAUAGUAGUAGUAGUGGUGGUGAUAGUAGUAGUAGUGGUGAUAGUAGUAGUAGUAGUGGUGGUGAUAGUAGUAGUAGUGGUGGUGAUGGUGAUAGUAGUAGUAGUAGUGGUGGUGAUAGUAGUGGUGGUGGUGGUGGUGAUAGUAGUAGUAGUGGUGAUAAUAGUAGUAGUAGUAAUGGUGGGGAUAGUAGUAGUAGUGGUGGUGGUGGUGAUAGUAGUAGUAGUGGUGGUGAUAGUAGUAGUAGUAGUAGUGGUGGUGAUAGUAGUAGUAGUGGUGGUGGUGGUGAUAGUAGUAGUGGUGGUGGUGGUGGUGAUAGUAGUAGUAGUGGUGAUAAUAGUAGUAGUAGUAGUGGUGGGGAUAGUAGUAGUAGUGGUGAUAGUAGUAGUAGUAGUGGUGGUGAUAGUAGUACUAGUAGUGGUGGUGGUGAUAGUAGUACUAGUAGUAGUGGUGGUGAUAGUAGUAGUAGUAGUAGUGGUGGUGAUAGUAGUAGUAGUGGUGGUAAUAGUAGUAGUAGUAGUGGUGGGGAUAGUAGUAGUAGUGGUGAUAGUAGUAGUAGUAGUGGUGGUGAUAGUAGUAGUAGUGGUGGUGGUGGUGAUAGUAGUAGUAGUGGUGAUAAUAGUAGUAGUAGUAGUGGUGGUGAUAGUAGUAGUAGUAGUGGUGGUGGUGAUAGUAGUAGUAGUGGUGGUGAUAGUCGUACUAGAAGUGGUGGUGGUGAUAGUAGUAGUAGUAGUAGUAGUGGUGGUGAUAGUAGUAGUAGUAGUAGUGGUGGUGGUGAUAGUAGUAGUGGUGGUGAUAGUAGUAGUAGUAGUGGUGAUAGUAGUAGUAGUAGUAGUGGUGGUGAUAGUAGUAGUAGUGGUGAUAGUAGUAGUAGUAGUGGUGGUGAUAGUAGUAGUAGUGGUGGUGAUGGUGAUAGUAGUAGUAGUGGUGGUGAUGGUGAUAAUAGUAGUACUAGUAGUAGUGGUGGUGAUGGUGAUAAUAGUAGUACUAGUAGUAGUGGUGGUGAUAGUAGUAGUAGUAGUGGUGGUGAUAGUAGUAGUAGUGGUGGUGGUGGUGAUAGUAGUAGUAGUGGUGGUGAUAGUAGUAGUAGUAGUAGUGGUGGUGGUAGUAGUAGUGGUGGUGAUAGUAGUAGUGGUGGUGGUGAUAGUAGUACUAGUGGUGGUGAUAGUAGUACUAGUAGUAGUGGUGGUGAUAGUAGUAGUAGUGGUGGUGAUAGUAGUAGUAGUAGUAGUGGUGGUAAUAGUAGUAGUAGUGGUGGUGGUGGUGAUAGUAGUAGUAGUGGUGAUAAUAGUAGUAGUAGUAGUAGUGGUGGUGAUAGUAGUAGUAGUAGUGGUGGUGAUAGUAGUGGUGGUGGUGGUGGUGGUGAUAGUAGUAGUAGUGGUGGUGAUAGUAGUAGUAGUAGUGGUGGUGGUGAUAGUAGUAGUAGUAGUGGUGGUGGUGAUAGUAGUAGUGGUGGUGGUGAUAGUAGUAGUAGUGGUGGUGGUGGUGAUAGUAGUAGUAGUGGUGGUGAUAGUAGUGGUAGUAGUAGUAGUAGUAGUAGUGGUGGUGAUGGUAGUAGUGGUGGUAGUAGUAGUAGUGGUGGUGAUAGUAGUAGUAGUGGUGGUGGUGAUAGUAGUGGUAGUAGUAGUGGUGAUGGUGGUAGUAGUAGGGGUGGUGGUGAUAGUAGUAGUCGUGGUGGUGAUAGUAGUGGUGGUGAUAGUAGUAGUAGUGGUGGUGAUGGUAGUAGUGGUGGUAGUAGUAGUAGUGGUGGUUGUGAUGGUAGUAGUAGAAGUAGUGGUGGUGAUGGUGGUAGUAGUAGGGGUGGUGGUGAUAGUGGUAGUAGUGGUGGUAGUAGUGGUGGUUGUGAUGGUCGUAGUAGUAGUAGUGGUGGUGAUGGUAGUAGUGGUGGUGAUGGUUGUGAUAGUAGUAGUAGUGGUGGUGAAAGUAGUAGUAGUAGUAGUAGAGGUGGGGAUAGUAGUAGUAGUAGUGGUGGUGGUGAAUGUAGUAGUAGUAGUGGUGGUGGUAGUAGUAGUAGUGGUGGUUGUGAUGGUAGUAGUAGAAGUGGUGGUUGUGAUGGUUGUAGUAGUAGUAGUGGUGGUGAUGGUAGUAGUGGUGGUAGUAGUAGUAGUGGUGGUUGUGAUGGUAGUAGUGGUGGUUGUGAUGGUUGUAGUAGUGGUGGUGAUAGUAGUAGUAGUGGUGAUAGUAGUAGUGGUGGUGGUGAUAGUAGUACUAGUAGUGAUGGUGGUGGUGGUGGUGGUAGUAGUAGGGGUGGUGAUAGUAGUAGUAGUAGUGAUGGUGGUGGUGGUGGUAUUAGUAGUAGUGGUGGUGAUAGUAGUAGUAGUGGUGGUGAUAGUAGUAGUAGUGGUGGUGGUGGUGAUAGUAGUAGUAGUAGUAGUGGUGGUGAUAGUCGUACUAGAAGUGGUGAUGGUGAUAAUAGUAGUAGUAGUAGUGGUGGUGGUGGUGGUGAUAGUAGUAGUAGUGGUGGUGAUAGUAGUAGUAGAAGUGGUGAUGGUGAUAAUAGUCGUAGUAGUAGUGGUGGUGGUGGUGAUAGUAGUAGUAGUAGUGGUGGUGAUAGUAGUAGUAGUAGUGGUGGUGGUGGUGAUAGUAGUAGUAGUAGUGGUGGUGAUAGUAGUAGUAGUAGUGGUGGUGGUGAUAGUAGUAGUAGUAGUGGUGGUGAUAGUAGUAGUAGUAGUGGUGGUGGUGAUAGUAGUAGUGGUGGUGGUGAUAGUAGUAGUAGUGGUGGUGAUAGUCGUACUAGAAGUGGUGAUGGUGAUAAUAGUAGUAGUAGUAGUAGUAGUAGUGGUGAUAGUAGUAGUAGUGGUGGUGGUGGUAAUAGUAGUAGUGGUGGUGAGAGUAGUGGUGGUGGUGGUGAUAGUAGUAGUAGUAGUGGUGGUGGUGGUGGUGAUAGUAGUAGUAGUGGUGGUGAUAGUAGUACUAGAAGUGGUGAUGGUGAUAGUAGUAGUAGUGGUGGUGAUAGUAGUAGUAGUGGUGGUGAUAGUAGUAGUAGUGGUGGUGAUAGUAGUAGUAGUGGUGGUGAUAGUAGUAGUAGUGGUGGUGGUGGUGAUAGUAGUAGUGGUGGUGAUAGUAGUAGUAGUGGUGGUGAUAGUAGUAGUAGUAGUAGUGGUGGUGAUAGUAGUAGUAGUAGUGGUGGUGGGGAUAGUAGUAGUGGUGGUGGUGAUAGUAGUGGUGGUGGUGAUAGUCGUAGUAGUGGUGGUGAUAGUAGUAGUAGUGGUGGUGAUAGUAGUGGUAGUGGUGGUGAUAGUAGUGGUAGUAGUUGUAGUGGUGGUGAUAGUAGUAGUAGUGGUGAUGGUAGUAGUAGUGGUGGUGAUAGUAGUAGUAGUGGUGGUGAUAGUAGUAGUAGUGGUGGUGAUAGUAGUGGUAGUGGUGGUGAUAGUAGUGGUAGUAGUUGUAGUGGUGGUGAUAGUAGUAGUAGUGGUGAUGGUGAUAGUAGUAGUAGUGGUGGUGAUAGUAGUAGUAGUAGUGGUGGUGAUAGUAGUGGUGGUGAUAGUAGUAGUAGUAGUGGUGAUAGUAGUGGUGGUGGUGAUAGUAGUAGUAGUGGUGGUGGUGGUGAUAGUAGUAGUGGUGGUGAUAGUAGUAGUAGUAGUGGUGAUAGUAGUAGUAGUGGUGGUGAUAGUAGUAGUAGUGGUGGUGGUGGUGAUAGUAGUAGUGGUGGUGAUAGUAGUAGUAGUAGUGGUGGUGAUAGUAGUAGUAGUGGUGGUGGUGAUAGUAGUAGUAGUGGUGGUGAUAGUAGUACUAGAAGUGGUGAUGGCGAUAGUAGUAGUAGUGGUGGUGAUAGUAGUAGUAGUGGUGGUGAUAGUAGUAGUAGUGGUGGUGAUAGUAGUAGUAGUGGUGGUGAUAGUAGUAGUAGUGGUGGUGAUAGUAGUAUUAGUAGUAGUAGUAGUGGUGGUGUUGGUGGUGGUGGUGGUGAUAGUAGUAGUAGUGGUGAUAGUAGUGGUAGUAGUAGUGGUGAUGGUGGUAGUAGUAGGGGUGGUGGUGAUAGUAGUAGUCGUGGUGGUGAUAGUAGUGGUGGUGAUAGUAGUAGUAGUGGUGGUGGUAGUAGUGGUAGUAGUGGUGGUAGUAGUAGUGGUAUUAGUGGUGGUGAUGGUAGUAGUAGAAGUAGUGGUGGUGAUGGUGGUAGUAGUAGGGGUGGUGGUGAUAGUGGUAGUAGUGGUGGUAGUAGUGGUGGUUGUGAUGGUCGUAGUAGUAGUAGUGGUGGUGAUGGUAGUAGUGGUGGUGAUGGUGGUGAAAGUAGUAGUAGUGGUGGUGGUGAUAGUAGUAGUAGAGGUGGGGAUAGUAGUAGUGGUGGUGGUGAUAGUAGUAGUAGUGGUGGGGAUAGUAGUGGUGGUGGUGAUAGUAGUGGUGGUGGUGAUAGUAGUAGUGGUGGUGAUAGUAGUAGUGGUGGUGGUGAUAGUAGUAGUAGUGGUGGGGAUAGUAGUGGUGGUGGUGAUAGUAGUAGUAGUGGUGGUGAAAGUAGUAGUAGUGGUGGUGGUGGUGAAAGUAGUAGUGGUGGUGAUAGUAGUAGUGGUGGUGGUGAUAGUAGUAGUAGUGGUGGUGAUAGUAGUGGUGGUGGUGAUAGUAGUAGUAGUGGUGGUGAUAGUAGUAGUGGUGGUGAUAGUAGUAGUAGUGGUGGUGAUAGUAGUAGUAGUAGUGGUGGUGGUGAAUGUAGUAGUAGUAGUGGUGGUGGUAGUAGUAGUAGUGGUGGUGAUAGUAGUAGUGGUGGUGGUGAUAGUAGUAGUAGUGGUGGGGAUAGUAGUGGUGGUGGUGAUAGUAGUAGUAGUGGUGGUGAAAGUAGUAGUAGUGGUGGUGGUGGUGAAAGUAGUAGUGGUGGUGAUAGUAGUAGUAGUAGUAGUGGUGGGGAUAGUAGUUGUGGUGGUGGUGAAAGUAGUGGAGGUGAUAGUAGUAGCAGCAAGGACAUCAAGAAGCGUUACCUGAAGCACAAGCGUGAUGACAGCGUGGAGAAGCAGGACGAGGAGACUGUGGACGUGACGCCCAUCAUGAUCUCUGUGUUCGUU